AUGGAGGACAUAGUCAGCGAGAUGUGCUCCAUAUCCGACAAGGUCGGCGACUUCUCGGGCUUUACGCCAGACAAGCUGCUGCUGGAGACAGAGAAGGCCUUGUCCAUUACCGAGCUGUACGACCCGCACAUGAAGCUCAUCGACCUGCAAGACUCGAAAGGCGAGACUCAGAACGAGGAGGAGACGAUGAGGACCAAGCUGGAAGGCAUGGAAUCGGAGUUGUCCACUCUCGAGAAGGACGUGCAACGCUACCAAGAGCGGCAAGAGAAGCAGGAGAGGGACUUGACGCAGAUGUUUGCUCGUCGACUCUCAGGCUCCUUUGUCGUGUUCAUGUUUUUGGAGUCCGCAGGGCGGAGGCGGUCAUUGCUGGCUUCGCCUCGGCGGAUGUAG